UGUUUUGUUGUCAUCGAAAAGCUUUUUUCGCAGUGCGCUUGGAUUAAAGUUUGUUUGGUACGCUUUUUUUAGUUGCCGCUGGCAUUUACAAGUUGGUGAUCACUUAAAAGUGGGGCGGAUAUUUUCGUGAGCGUUAGUCAAUUUAACGGUGAAAAGCAACUUGUUUUUAUUUUAUGUACUUUGGUGUUAAGCAUUGAAAAUAAAUACAAUGCUCAAUGUUAUGUGGAUUUCUGGUCUAUUCAUUCAAUUGCUGAUCUGGACUGUUUAUGCAUGGAACGUCACACAAUGUUUUUGUGCAGUUUCCAGAUGACAAUCAACACUUUAAACGUGUGUUGGCCGGUAUUAUGCGUCCGCGUGUGGUGGGUACACCUGGCCAUACUGAAGUAGAAAAUUUUAUAAAAAGGGAACUCAAAACACUCGGCUUUACCACGGAACUUGAUCAAUUUGCACAGAAGAUACCCAUAUUUGGCAACGUUACCUUUACUAAUAUUAUUGGCGUUUUAAACCCCAGUGCAACCGAUUUCUUGGCGCUAGCUUGUCAUUAUGACAGCAAGUACUUCAAAAAUGAUCCUGGUUUUGUGGCCGCUACAGAUUCAGCGGUACCUUGUGCUAUCAUGUUAAAUACCGCCAAGACUCUAUCAAAGUAUCUUCAACAAAGGUUUAAAAAUCGCAAAGACAUCGGAUUGAUGAUGAUAUUUUUCGAUGGCGAAGAGGCUAUCAAGGAUUGGUCAGAUAACGAUUCAAUCUAUGGCGCACGUCACUUAGCAGCCAAAUUGUCCAAUACUCGUUCGUCAACUGGUUCGGGGCGAAGUAUUGAUAGAAUUGAAGUUUUAGUGUUGCUCGAUUUAAUUGGUGCAGCUAAUCCCAAAUUUUAUAGUUUUUAUCCGAACACUGAUGGGUUGCAUCACAGUUUGUCUGAAAUCGAAUUGUCUUUGUCAGCUGCUCAUCAGCUCGAGGGUCACAAUUUAAUGUUCAUGAAACGAUCAUCAUCUGGAUUUGUCGAUGACGAUCACCGACCUUUUCUCCAACAAAAUGUGCCGAUUUUGCAUCUGAUAACCACACCGUUCCCGCCACAGUGGCAUACUCCGAACGAUAAUGCCGCAAAUUUGCAUUGGCCAUCAAUUCGUAAUUUUAAUAAGGUUUUCCGUGCUUUUGUUUACGAAUAUCUACAGAGACAUACGGAUCAGGUGAAUUUACGCGGAACAGUUAGUUAGAAAUAAAUUCACUAUAAAUAGUAUACGAGUAUCUGCUAAAUUUACUUUCAAUCUUUUUAACCCGAAUAUAUGUACAUACAUUAGGGUGAUCGAAAAUAACUAACCUAACGAAUUUAUGGCCUUAAAAGGAGCUAU